UCAACGUCAAGACAACCGCUUGUCGCAUCAGUCCCUACCUACCGAUAUACCCGAUCCGAUUGUUCACGACUGGUUCAAUCACUGCAUCACUACGUUGACUCACUCAAACGGUUGCUGUACUUCUUGUCUCAGCCACUUACUACUAACGACAGUCUUCUGAGCUCUGUAGUGCACCACCCGUCGCGCAUUCCGCCGCCUUCACCUGGCCUGGCUAUAUACAGCUACGCACUCCGCACGGCACGCAGUCCGCUAUCACUCCUAAUAUACAUAUCUAGGCUUGCGAUAUAGCCAUGGCAUCAGCAAAGAGAAAACAUGACGCGAUGGGUGCCGACGAUGACCCUGUAGAUCCUUCCGAUGAGCUCUUGUUCCUGUGUCUUGGUGGCGGUAAUGAGGUCGGGCGGUCAUGUCACAUUCUUCAAUACAAAGGCAAAACGGUCAUGCUCGAUGCGGGUAUGCACCCUGCUCACGAAGGCCUGGCCGCCAUGCCUUUCUACGAUGAAUUUGAUCUCAGCACUGUAGACCUCCUGCUCAUCUCACAUUUCCACGUCGACCACGCCGCCUCAUUGCCCUAUGUUCUUGCAAAGACCAACUUCAAGGGCCGCGUUUUCAUGACGCAUCCUACCAAAGCUAUAUACAAAUGGCUCAUACAAGACUCCGUGCGUGUCGGAAAUAUAUCGAGCUCUUCGGAGAUGAAGGUCCAGAUGUACACAGAACAAGACCAUCUAAAUACCUUCCCAAGAAUCGAGGCCAUAGAUUUCUAUACUACACAUACGAUUGCUGGAAUAAGGAUAACACCAUACCCUGCUGGUCAUGUUCUGGGAGCCGCCAUGUUCCAGAUCGAGAUUGCAGGUUUGAACAUCUUGUUCACGGGUGACUACUCGAGAGAAGAUGAUCGGCAUUUGGUAUCUGCGUCUAUUCCUAAGAACGUCAAGAUUGACGUCCUAAUCACGGAAUCGACAUUUGGAAUCUCUACGCAUACACCACGGUUACAGCGGGAAACACAACUUAUGAAAUCCAUCACCGACGUACUGAACCGCGGUGGUCGUGCUCUGCUUCCUGUCUUUGCCCUUGGGCGAGCGCAAGAGUUGCUUCUUAUUCUGGAUGAGUAUUGGGCCAAACAUCCCGAGUACCAGAAGAUUCCUAUCUAUUACAACUCCAGUCUAGCUCGGAAAUGUAUGGUGGUUUACCAGACCUACGUUUCUGCCAUGAAUGACAACAUCAAGCGCAUGUUUCGCGAGCGCAUGGCCGAGGCCGAAGCAGCGGGCGACGUUGGUAAAGGAGGGCCUUGGGACUUCCGCUUCGUACGAAGUCUGAAGUCGUUGGAUCGUUUUGAUGACAUGGGCGGCUGCGUCAUGCUGGCGUCGCCUGGUAUGAUGCAGUCCGGCACGUCUCGCGAGCUUCUCGAGCGAUGGGCUCCAGAUCCCCGCAACGGAGUCAUCAUAACUGGUUAUUCAGUCGAAGGAACAAUGGCAAAGCAUAUCGUUCACGAACCGGAACAGAUUCCAGCGAUCACUACACGUAACACGAACACAGCGCGCCGACCCGGCCAAAAGGAAGGCGAGCAGAUCAUGAUCCCCCGCCGAUGUACGAUCCAGGAAUACAGUUUUGCCGCGCACGUCGACGGAAAAGAGAAUAUGGAGUUUGUGCAAGAAGUUAAUGCUCCAGUUGUGAUCCUAGUCCACGGCGAAAAAGGUAAUAUGACGCGCCUGAAGUCUAAACUUCUUAGCUUCAACGCGCAUCGCUCCGUCCCCGUCAAGAUUUUCUCGCCCGGAAAUUGUGAGGAGCUCCGCAUCCCUUUCAAAACAGACAAAAUCGCCAAGGUGGUUGGGAAGCUCGCCUCCAUACCGCCACCUGUCCCAAGAUCCAAGUCGGACGAAGCCAACGGCGAAGAGAACAUAGACGACGAAGAGGCUACCCAGGAUCUGACGUUGCUCGAAGGCGUUCUCGUGCAGAACGACUUCAAGAUUUCUCUCAUGGCGCCCGAAGAUUUGAAAGAGUACGCUGGUCUCACGACUACCACGAUCGUUUGCCGGCAGCACAUCACGCUCAGCGCCGCUGGCGUUGAUCUCAUUCGAUGGGCGCUUGAGGGCACCUUUGGCGCCAUCAAAGAACAAAACAUCAGCGACAGCGCCAUCGAUGGCAAAGCAGUCAAUGGUGACGGCGUGCACGAAGAGAAAGCCGACGAGGAAGUCAGCAGAACGACCGUGAAGUACACUGUUAUGGAUUGCGUCAACGUGCUAUGCCGACCUGGCGGCAAAGUAGAAGUAGAAUGGGAAGGGAACGUGAUCAACGACGGCAUUGCUGACGCUGUUCUAGCUGUGCUCUUCACAGUUGAAAGCUCACCUGCAGCAGUUCGACAAUCCUCCCGCCAACAUUCUCACUCUCACACUAAACUCUCCGACGACGACGACGCCAGUGGAAAACCGUCAACUCUCUCCCACCGCUUCAAAGCACCCAACCCCCACCGCACCCCAGACCCCUCCACACGUCUCGCCCGCCUCUUUCUUUUCCUUGAAGCCCAAUUCGGUGAAGACGCAAUUUCUCCUAUCCCCUACCCACGCAACUCCACCUCGCUUCCUCCCCUCUCCGCAACGGGUCCGAAAUUCCCAGCGCAGAAACCAACCACCACGGUCACAGAAGCGCCGUCUACACCCCCCGUCAGCGUCGCUGCUGGACCGGAUCCCACCACCUCUUCCUCAUCCUCCGACGGCGAUGGCGACGGCGAGCAAGCGCAGGAUGCAGAGAAACCAGAAGGCGUUACUCUCGACGCAGCGGAUACAGCAGAACUCAAACGUUUGAACAAUCUCGGUAUCCCGGUUCCAGGCGUGGAGAUAAGGUUCGAUGGGAAGUACGCGGCGCGUGUGUGGCUGGAGGAUUUGGACGUAGAGUGUGCUAGUAAUCCGUUGAAAGCUAGGGUUAGGGCUGUUGUUGAGAGGGGGGUGGAGACUGUUAGUGGGCUUUGGGCUUAGGCUUACUUUCUUUCGUGUUCAUGCUUUUCUUCUUGUUGGGAGAGGGGAGGGAUGGGGGUGCGUAGGCUGGGGGGGAUCUAUCUUGGAGUGCUCUUUGGGUUUAGGUAUGCUUGUGGUGAAUCAAACUUCUUCUUUUCUGUUUGGAUCUUUUGAUGCUGCUGUGUUCAUGUGUGAGCGUGGGUUCAAGAUAUCUGAUAUCAGUGGAUCUGUGCCGCAUACCCGUUUGUGAGUCUGGGGCGGGAGAGGGAAAGCUGGGUAGAUGGUAAAAACGAGUAGAACCCAACAUUCUCGAGGUCCUUGUAUCCGUUCAUCGAAGAUACUGUUUCCAAGUUACACAUCGCCAUUCUCUCUUGGCGUAUCUAACAAAAAUUUUGAUAAUUGGAAUCACUAGCUCAUCACAACCACCAAGACAAGAAUGGCUCACGCGUUUUACCACGGUACACUACAUUGACAAGACACAAAAUUUCCAAACUUUUAUCCGAUUUUUU